AUGGCUGCAAAUUCAGCUGUCGCGUGUAGACGGCGUUCUUUCACCCGAUGCGCCCGCGCCUUGAGCAGUUCCGCUUGUUCCCCCACAGUCGCUGUGUUAUUUCAGGCCAUCGAUCCGCCUGUCAUCAACGGCGUGCGUUAUCAGGACUCUGGAGCGGAUAUCGCCUACGCCCUGCGACAAAAAGGCGUCAGGGUCCUCACUCCCAAUCCAUCGCCAUCGGAUUCCUCACACGAAGGCUGGUCCUUCCCUGACACAGAAGAGGGAAUCUAUUCUGCCGUUCAACAAGGCGCUACUCAUCUCUGGGCAAACACCAUCCUCUUUGCGUCACAUCCUCUCCAGAUGUCAAGCAAAUUAACUCCUCUAGCGUCUGAUCUCUACGUCGUUGGGCAACCGCCGGGCCUGGUCGAAAACUUUGAUGACAAGUCUUUCUUGAACAACAAAUUACGUGAAUUGGGUGGCUUCAGCUUGCCUCGCGCGUGGAUGGUUGGCCCCGAUAAUGUUCGCCAGAUUCUUAACCAGAUCGAUCGUUAUCCGAUCGUGGGGAAGCCGGUGCGGGGCCGAGGCAGCCAUGGUGUCCGAGUGUGCCAAGAUGCUGCUCAGUUAGAACAACAUGCCGAAAUCUUACUGGCGGAAUCACCGCUGAUCAUGCUCGAGGAGUUUCUGGCAGGUGAGGAGGCGACUAUCACCGUCAUGCCGCCGACGCCUUCUCGCCCGGACUACUGGUGUAUGGUGCCAGUGACGCGCUUCAACCAUGAGGAUGGUAUUGCUCCAUAUAAUGGCGUGGUAGCGGUCACAACCAACUCCCGCGUGGUGUCGGAGGACGAAAUGAAAGAUCCGGCGUACAACAAGGUGAUGCGGCAGUGCGAAGGGGUCGCCAGGCUGAUUGGUGCCACUGCGCCGAUUCGGGUAGAUGUGCGACGGUUCCGAGUGGGAUCGGAAUUCGCUUUGUUCGACAUAAAUAUGAAGCCAAAUAUGACCGGUCCAGGGCGGCCAGGGCGGGUGGAUCAGGCCAGCUUGACUGCCAUGGCAGCAGCAGCUAUAGGCUGGGACUAUGGCACGCUGUUGCAGCAUAUCCUGGAGGGCGGCCAACCCUUGGGUCAAUUCCGUAACUAUAGCAGUCCAUUCUAG